AGAAGGCAAAUACGGCCCCAGCUGUUUCCUUUAGAAAACGUCAGUGUUAUGUGGAUAAAUGUGAGGGAUUUUCUCUCUAAAUCCGUCUCCUGUUCGCUAAAUCUCACUUCACCGAAACGAGCCUGCGCAAUGGAACAAAGUCGGAAUAUUGAGAUGUGACAUUGCCUGCACCUCAUCCUCUUCCUCGCUGUUUUUUUAAUGACUUCAAACAUAUUCCUUUUUGCUGGGCUUUGGCGCGCGGAGACCCAUGGGGAUGUUUAACGGUCACUUCUUUCAGUGGCAACUGUGUGAUGUCUUCAAGUGUAAGAUGUGCUGUAUCUCCUGCACCCACACCCUCUCUCUGGUGCUCUGUGUUCUGACCCUGACCCCGGUGAUGACAGCCGGUCCUGAAACCCUGUGCGGGGCAGAGCUGGUGGACACGCUGCAGUUUGUGUGUGGAGACAGAGGCUUUUAUUUCAGUAAACCCACAGGCUAUGGAUCCAGCUCAAGGCGGCCCCACAACCGUGGCAUAGUGGAUGAGUGCUGUUUCCAGAGCUGUGAGCUGCGCAGACUGGAGAUGUACUGCGCACCGGUCAAGUCCGGCAAGGCCGCCCGCUCCGUCAGGGCGCAGCGGCACACUGACAUACCAAAAACCCAGAAAAAACACAUGUCUGGUAAUAGUCACCCAUCCUGUAAGGAGGUACAUCAGAAGAACUCCAGUCGAGGAAACACGGGUGGCAGGAACUACCGGAUGUAGAAGAGACUGAAGAGGGAAGGACUGACGGACAGGGGGAAACAUUGGGGAAAGGGAAAGGGACAGACACAUGGCAGGGGAGUGGGGGGAAGGGGGAGGAUUUUUUGGCCUCGGCCUGUCCUUCUUGUUGAGUGGAUGGGUAUCAAAGCGAAAAACUAGAACUAGGGGGUUAAAUCAGAGCGUAGGGAGAUCUUGAUUUUACACACUGCAUCAAAUAAUUUUGGAGAA